AUGUUUCUGGUAGUGGAAAUAGUGAAUGAUAAUGGCGAAAAGGAGUGGAAGGUAGCACCCAAGCGAUGGGUUUGCACGUCCAAGAACACCCAGCGACCAGUUCUGUUUUGGCCUGAUGAAUUCAGUGCCGAGAGACAAAAUCAGCUCGCAAUAGAAGGAACAUGUAAGCCACUGCAAAGCUGGAUGCGGAGAGAAUGCGUUGUAAAGCAGGAGUUUCCAACUUACGAAGCGGCAAACACCGGACUGCAAGCACUGUUAUCACAACAUAACAAUCAGAUAAAGGAAGAACUAGAAGAUCCGUUGAAUGUGGAGGAUCCUGCCUUUGAAUCAUCUGAACCACCAUGUGGCAUUCAAUCAACUCCGGGCGAUGGUGUUUCAAUGCUAGUUACUAUCAAGGCAAUACUGGAAUCGUUGAUAGUGAAAAAUGCUCGGAUCGAAGAACAAAGCACUAAUAUAUUGGCGCAAAAUUCUCGUAUCGUGAAUGAAAUAUCUCUUUUGCAAAAGAGGGUUGAAACAAUGGAGCAAACUGUAGUCCAAAUGGCAUUCAAUCAAUUCGAACCUAUGGACACCAUCAAGCAGCUAAGGGAGCUUGAUAAAAAGUUGAGCGAUGAAUCAUUCAAUGCGGAAUUGGUUCAGUUCUUGCUCGCUAAUAUCUGUAGCGAUGAAACGAUAUUGAGGAUCAAAAGCUGUGUGGAUUUGCUCUGUACUCUAGGACUGCAAUCAAAACUACAAUGGGUUUCACUGGAGAAGCUUCAAAAUUUUUUGAAUCUGUUGAAAAAAGUAGGGGAAACACCUUCAGAACGUGUAACUCUCAGUUCAUUGGCGAAUUUUUUCGAACAAAAUGAAAGUAGCAAAAAGAGUAGUAGUUCAAAGAGAAAGAUUUUCCUUGAACCUAGAGGAACUGCGGAGGAGCUGCUGGAAUUGGAAGAUAAACUGAACGACGAAUCGUUCACCGCGGAACUGCUCAAAUGGUUACUUUUUAAAGUGAGGGACAAUAAUGCACCAUGGAGGAUUAAAAGCUGUUUGGAUUUGCUAUGUUCUUUGGAGCUACAAUCUAAAUUAAGUAGGGAAGACACCGUCAGAAGAUGUAACUCAUCAAGGGCUGGCUCAAUGUUUUACGAAUCACCUGAAAAAUUCAAAGCAGCGGUAUCUUAUGAGUUUAAAUCGAAAGCGCCGUUCUAAAUGGAGGAAAUUUACAAAAAAAAGGGAACCGAAUGGUGUCGCUAGCGAGGAGGCGAAUUCUUCGAUUGCAGCAAAUGAAAACUCAAAUAAUGAGAUAAAAAUACCUUAGCUAGAG